UUAAGUAUUUUCUUUUCGUGCUUGGUAUGCUAAAAUCUUGAGAAAUCUCUGCAUUUAUAUGCCUUGAUAGUUUAAAUUUUAUUGUGAAUAGUAUAACGAACAUUUUAUUCAAAUACAUGUUUAAGUAACAUGGAGGAUACAGCAGAAAUCGCUUUGAAAACACUGUGUUGCACAUGUUUAAGCAGCGACAGAAAGUUGUCGCAACUUUGCCGAAUAAACGAUGGAGUAAAUAAUCUAUAUUCACUUCUGUCAUACGACUCUGAAGCUUACAGGGAAGGUUUCUACAAGGACGCUGCUAGUUUAUUUGUUUGCUGGGAGUGUGCGGCCGUCAUGCACAGGAUUACCCGGUUUAGGCGGCAGGCUUGUGCGGCGCAAAAACAGCUGGCAAUUAUAGCUGAGGGCCGGGAGUUGAAAUCAACUGCUCUCUCCCAUCUUAUCCAUUGCCACAAACACACCUACGACACCACAAUAAUAUCUGACGUACAAGACACUGACAACUUCAUAGACUGCGGGCCGGAAAUCAAAACUGAGACCGAAGAUGACAUACCUUUGUCAGAGUUACAUGACAAUUAUAUGUCAGAUAAUGAUGAUGAUAAUUAUAAAGAAAAGAUAACAGAUAAAGAUAAAAACAAAAGAAAGAAAUUAGAAGAAUGUACGACAGAUAAAGUUACAAAUAAAAAAAGAAAACGGUUAAAAAGAGAUAAUUAUUUUGUUACAAAAGAAAUUAGUGAAGAGGAAAUGCGGGAGUUUAGGGAAGAGAGGAAAAUGGAAGCAAGUUUCGUGUCUGCGGCGUUCAAAUGUAAGUCUUGCGUGGAGGUGUUUAAGAGCCAAAAUAGUUUGGAGAGACACAAUGAAGAUAAUCAUGUGGAGAAACCUGAUCACAUACAGUGCCUCAUCUGCUUAUCCUACAUCAAACCUCACAGCGCGUCCGCCCACAAGUCAGACCACUGUUCUACACAUACCUGUGUUCUCUGUGACCAAGUUUACUACAGUAUGCAUGAAAUUAACAGGCAUCUCAAGACUCAUAAGAAUGUGAAAAGAAAGAUCGCCAGGGCUGGUAAAAUAGGCGACAGGACUAAAGGGCUGACCGAUAUGUACCCAUGCCCAGAGUGCAAUAAGUAUUUCCAGAAUAAGAACCAGCGCUGGAAGCAUGUGCAGAGACAACACCGGGAGGGGUACAAAUGUGCCACGUGCGGCAAACAGUUCGCGUUCAAGAACAACCUCGCCCGGCACGAACAGGUCCACUCGGCGCCGCCGCCCCGGCAGGCGUGCCCCGCGUGUCACAAGCUGGUCCGCGUGGACCUGCUCAAGACUCACGCCAGGAUCCACCAGGCGAGGGAACAGUUCACAUGCGUAGAGUGUGCUAAGAGCUUCGUCAGCCGAGCCUCGUACGAGCAUCACCUCAAGUACACGCAAGCGCACGCCAACAAGGAUAUACUCAAGUAUAAGUGUAACGUCUGCGAGAAAGGUUACAGAUCUCGCGGAGAACUGAGGGACCACGUCAACUACCAACACAAGGGGCAGACUCAGCACAAGUGUCCUGUCUGCGACAAGGCGCUGGCAACGCGCAGGUGCAUCACGCGUCACGUGCGGCGCGCGCACCACGGCCUCAAGGAGGGCCCGCGGGACAAACUAUGUCAAAAACCGGGAAGAUUCUUUAGGUAUAAAAAGGGCUUGCGCGAGCACGAAUUCACCCACACAGGCGAGCGGCCGCUCUCAUGCGAGCUGUGCGGGCGCAGCUUCCGGCAGAGCGCCUCGCUGUACACGCACCGGAAGAGGGUGCACCGCAUAUGCGCACAGAGGAAAACCGUCGUGGCCACAGAUAGUGUAACCGCUGAGUAGAAUAACAUAACCAACAAAAUUAAAAAAAAAAAAUUAUAGAC